UUAUAAGUGUGCGCCACAUGGGACAGCAGGGGCAAGGAGGCCAACGGGCCCCAGCGAAUGAAUGACGCGCGCACUGCGACUCGCGGCGACUGUGCGGUCACAUCUGACUCAGGUCGCCAAGAACAACGCCUCACAGAGUCGCACCGCGUUCGUUCCUUGUGCCAGUGAAAGUAAGGCCCGUCCCAUCCCCAGCCUCCAGUCGCCGCGAUGAAGUACAUCCUGGUUACCGGCGGUGUCAUUAGCGGCAUCGGCAAAGGUGUGAUUGCCAGCAGCGUGGGCACCAUCCUCAAGGCUUGCGGCCUCCAGGUCACGUCAAUAAAGAUAGAUCCAUACAUAAACAUCGAUGCCGGAACCUUCUCGCCGUACGAACAUGGCGAGGUGUACGUUCUUGACGACGGUGGUGAAGUCGACCUUGAUUUGGGGAACUACGAGCGCUUUCUGGACAUCACGUUACACAGGGACAAUAACAUAACAACUGGGAAAAUCUAUCAGCAUGUCAUCAACAAGGAGCGAAAGGGGGACUACCUUGGCAAGACUGUGCAGGUUGUUCCCCACAUCACUGAUGCCAUUCAAGAGUGGGUUCAGAAAGUUGCACUUAUUCCUGUCAAUGACUCAAACCAGACACCGGAAGUUUGCAUUAUUGAGCUCGGAGGAACAAUAGGUGAUAUUGAAGGGAUGCCCUUCGUGGAGGCUUUCCGACAGUUUCAGUUCCGUGUCAAAAGAGAGAACUUCUGCUGCGUGCAUGUCAGCCUGGUGCCACAGCCCAAGAGCACUGGAGAGCACAAGACAAAGCCAACACAGGCCAGUGUCCGUGAAUUGCGAGGCUUGGGUCUAUCCCCGGAUUUGAUUGUUUGCCGCAGCGAAAAUGAGAUCACAAAUUCUGUCAAGGAUAAGAUUUCCAACUUUUGCCAUGUUGAGCCACGACAGGUCCUCUGCAUGCAUGAUGUGCCUAGCAUCUACCACGUGCCCAUCUUCAUGGAGGAGCAAGGCAUUGUCGAGCUUUUCGCCGAACGCCUUCACCUUCAGGUGCCAACUCCUAGACCUCGUCGUCUGAUGUAUAAAUGGCGGGACCUUGCGCUCAAGGCAGAACGGCUAAUACGGGAAGUGACCAUUGCACUUGUGGGAAAGUACAUCAAGUUGCAGGAUGCUUACUCCUCAGUUAUCAAGGCUCUCCAACACGCUGCACUCGCCUGCAACCACAAAUUGAAGAUCAUGUACAUAGAUGCAGAAGAGCUGGAGCCUACUAUGAAAGCUGAACACCCAGUCAAGUUUCAUGCUGCCUGGCAGAACCUGUGCAUUGCAGAUGGCAUCAUUGUUCCCGGAGGCUUUGGAAGCCGAGGAGUGGAAGGCAAGAUCGCUGCAAUCGAAUGGGCCCGAAAAACUAGGAAACCAUUUUUAGGUGUGUGCCUUGGGCUACAGUGUGCAGUGAUCGAGUUCUCUCGCAAUGUCCUAGGGUGGGAGGAUGCUAACUCAGCCGAGAUUAAUUCCAAGACUUCACACCCUGUUAUUAUUGAAAUGCCCGAGCACAAUGUCGGUCAAAUGGGAGGCACAAUGCGUCUUGGGAAGCGAGAAACACACUUCAACACACAAGACUCUGUGUUGAGGAAGCUGUACCAGAACGUGGACAAAAUUGAAGAAAGGCAUCGGCAUCGGUAUGAAGUGAACCCUUCCUAUGUCCCUGAGCUUGAGAAAGCUGGCCUGAAGUUUGUCGGCAAGGACACUUCAGGAAAACGAAUGGAAGUGAUAGAACUAUCUGAUCACCCAUAUUUUGUGGGUGUUCAGUUUCAUCCAGAGUACAUCAGCCGGCCACUGAAGCCAUCGCCGCCUUACAUGGGGCUCAUCUUGGCUUCGUGUGGCCGCCUAAAUGGGUUCCUCCUCCGCGGGUGCCGCAUGUCACCUCGGCAACUGAGUGACAUAGGCUCUUCGUCUGAGGAUGAGACGCAUGAGCCUGUUCCUGUCCGUGUUGAAGCGGGCACAUCCACAAUGCCUGUCCGGGUAUCGAUGCCUGGCCGGGAAUCGAUUAUUCACCAUGACUUGCACCAUGACUUGCACCAUGACUUGCACCAUGACUUGCAUCAUGCUAGUCAUCAAGCAGCACAUGGUAGCGCAUUGACGCCGGGGUUUUCGCGAAGCGAAGAUUACCGUUCAGUUACAACGUGCAACGAUGAUCCCGACCCGCCCAGUGUCUCUGAAGGCCAUCACUCGCCGCCCUGCUGCAACGGGAAAAUCCUGACAGUAGAAGAGGUCGAUGAGUCUUACGACAGCACUUGCUUGAAUGCCAAGUCUCCAAAGAGCGACAAGUCUUUGAAGCAGCGUCGUUUCCACUACGGUAUAAGGAAAGGUUCAUCAUCGUAUGGAGCUGAUAUUUGAGAUACCGAGGGCAUGUAGCGAUGAUAUCUAUACCCGGGCACCAAGACACGAAAAUGUGCACGCCCUAGGCCAUCUUGUGGUUUUCAGGUACAAUGUCAACAUCUGGCCGUUCUACUAACUUGCAUCAUACACCUUGCGAACGUGGACAAUAUUGUAAAUGGGAAGAUGUGAAUUAAGAUGGAAAAUGUCAUUUAUCAGAUCGUUGACUAUUUUUAUGGGUGCCAAGUAGAAUUUACAUGUAACUGUUUUAGAACUCUCAACUGUACACUGAAUAAAAUUAUUACUCCUCAGCCUA